UAUAUACGUAUAUAUAUAUGUACAUAUGUGUGCAUAAGGCUCGUUGCCAUUUUGAUCAUUAUCGAAAAAGAUCCACCAAACGUACCCCAGAGACCUCUUUUAAUGCAAGUACUUCCGGUUUUUCGUGCUCAAGGAGGCUUGUGGAAUAAUAUUGCGGUUGGUCUGACUAUACGGGCGGCUACGAACCUAUCAUCAGCAAUGUCACGUUACCGAGAAUGGGAAAUCUCUUGUAAAGUAUACAUCGGCAAUUUGGGUAGUAGUGCUAGUAAACACGAAAUCGAAAGUGCAUUCAACAAAUAUGGUCCAUUGAGAAAUGUAUGGGUUGCGAGGAAUCCACCAGGCUUUGCUUUUGUCGAGUUUGAGGAUCCAAGGGACGCAGAGGAUGCUGUUAGAGGAUUGGAUGGAACACGGUGCUGCGGUACAAAAAUAAAGGUAGAGAUGUCUACCGGGAGAAGGAGACAUACCGGUGGUGGUCGCAGGCCAGGUCCACGAUACUCCAGGUCCAGAUCUCGCAGUCCUCGUAGGAAAUCUCUGGGUCGUUAUCCAAGGUCUUUAUCAAGAAGUCCAAGAAGAUCACCGAUUAACAAAUAUUCCAGAUCGAGGUCUCGCAGUCCACGUAGAAGAUCUUUAACCCGUAGUCGCAGCCGUGAUCGCCGUUCUCGUUCCGAUUCUCGAGAUAGACGUUAAAUAUGCCGAAUGUGAUGGAAACUGGACAACUCUGAAGAUGAAAUUUGACACGUCUAUACGUGUUUGCAUUUGUGUAUUAAUGAUAUAAUAUAUUUAUAAUCAUAUCAUAAAUAAACAAAAGUAAACAUAGGUAAAAAAAAAAAACGCUCAGUAAUACACAUACAACCAACAUAUAUCGUACACAACAGACACAGGUAAAAUUAAAUGAGAUAUACAUUGAUAAACAUACUGACAAAUAUACUGACAAAUAUACUGACAAACUCACACAA